AAGCACGAUUUGAUGUCGUCGAGUAAAUUUGGAGAUGAGAGUAAACCAAGAGUGGCACAUCGUUCGACGACUGCAUCUGACGAAAUGUUGCAGUCUCUGCAGCAUAAACGGGAGGCCUUAGCAAAGAUCGCUGCCUCGAUUGGCUCGAAGAACAAUAGCUCACAGUCUCGUUUAACGAACUUUUUUGGAAAGCAGACGAACGGGACUUUGAAAGGGCCCACACCUAAAAAGAAAAAAGUGAUAGAGAGUGACGAAGAAGACGAGUUCGUAGUAGAUGAUGAGGAGGAGGAACCUGAUGAGGAAUUCGUACUCAGUGAUGAAGAGGAACGACCUCGAAAGAAACGAAAUCCCCGAAAACGAGCCAGUUCUCCGAAAGUUACUGAGAAAUCUCGUAAGAAUGCGCUUGGAUUGGGACAGUCUGGGGCUACUGAAAAAAAGAACAGAACGUUGUCAGAGUCUAGCGAAGAAGAGGAAUGGUUGUGUAAACCGCGGUUGAAUGAGAAUGCACGGCAAAUGUCAACACGAGUAUCUGACGAUUCUCCCAUAAAAAAGUCCUCGCGCAAGCAGGCUGUUCUUUCCGAGGAAAGCGAUGAUGAUGAUGAGGCAGAAGAUCGUUUUACGUCCGCUGCAACGUUGAAGAAAGUUGCCAAAGCUGCCGCGAAGCAUGCGAAGAAGCGCAAACUUUCAUCCGACUACGAAGAAUUUUUAGAGGAUGGAAGCGAGAGGGGAUCAGAUCGUAAUUCAGAGCAAUCGGAUUCUGACAGUGAUGAUGAGGACCACCACAGCCGAGGUGACGAGGAGGACGAGGUGGCUUUGGCAUGUUUAGAGUUCUUUAAUACGGCCACUCGUCAGCAACUGCUUGCUACCCCACGAGUUACUGAACGGAUAGCGACCAAAAUUUGCGAUGAUCGCCCGUUCAGCUCGUUCAGAGAGCUGGAAAGAUCCAUAGCGGAGGUUCCUCGUGGAAUGGGGGCUCUAAACGCGUAUAUGGAGACCCUGGAAAAUCGUGGUGUUCUCGAGAAGAUUCUUGAUGACUGCAAAGAUCAUGCACAAGCUGUAGCUGCAGAAUUCGAGCACUUAUCUCAUAAGAGACUCCAACCGAAACUUCUUGACGGCAGUUGUACUUUGCAUGAUUACCAACACGUGGGUUUGAACUGGCUUGUGAUGAUGUAUGAAAAGGGUUUCAACUGUAUCUUGGGUGACGAAAUGGGUCUUGGGAAAACAAUUCAAGUUAUUGCAUUUAUUGCUCACUUGAAAGAAGAGAACGUUCGCGGCCCACAUCUCAUAGUUGUUCCAUCAUCAACCAUUGAAAAUUGGAUGUCAGAAUUUAUCAAAUGGUGUCCAAAGAUCCGUCUGCUGACUUACUAUGGGAGUCAAGAGGAGCGGAAACAACUUCGCCAUAUGGCUAAAAAGAAAAAAGAGAGUAUCGACGUUGUGCUGACCACCUACAACAUGAUCUCAUCGAAACACGACGAUAAGAAAUUUUUCAAGAAUUUCAGCAUGCACUAUGUUAUUUAUGAUGAGGGACACAUGCUGAAAAAUUGCAGCACUGAUCGGUAUAGAAAUCUGAUGAAAGUCAAGGGCAAACGAAAGAUACUGAUGACGGGUACUCCACUUCAGAACAAUCUCAUAGAAUUGAUAUCUUUGAUGUAUUUCGUAAUGACCAACAUAUUUACCAAAUACUGCGAGGAUAUAGGACAACUGCUUCAGCAUUUCAAGCAGCAAGGUCCCGCACUCGAGUCUGGAUCGAAUUCAAUGUAUCAAAAGGACAGAAUUGAACAAGCCAAGCAGAUUCUCCAACCGUACAUUUUGCGGCGGUUGAAAGUCCAAGUGCUGGGUCAUUUACCUGAGAAACACGAAGAAGUAAUAGAAGUGGAGAUGCUCGAAAGCCAAAAAGAACUUUACGAGGACACAAUCGACAGUGUGAAGGGUUUUGAUGGUGAUACAAGUAAUGCCUAUGGAGCCCUGAUUCGGUUGAGACAAGCUGCAAACCAUCCUCUUUUGAGACGGGUACAGUAUACAGAUUCGCUUGUGGAUAAGCUCGCAAAGACACUGUGCGCAAAGGAGAAACCCUAUGAGAAAAAGAAAUGGGAGGAUGUUGCUGAAGAUCUCUCGUAUCAGUCGGAUUUCCAAAUCCAUCAAAUAUGUGAGAAAUUCCGCAGCACAAAGAAGUUUCUUUUGAGCGAAGAUUUGGCAUUAGAGUCCGGGAAAUGUCGUGUAUUGGAUAAAUUGCUACCAAAGAUUAUAGAAAAGGGUGACAAGUUACUCAUUUUCUCACAAUUUACCUCAAUGCUUGAUAUUCUGGAGGUAUAUAUGCGAAUACGGGGCUAUGCAUACAAACGGUUAGAUGGAUCAACACCGGUGAUGGAAAGGCAAGAGAUGAUCAACGAGUUCAACAACGAUGAUGAUCUUUUCGUAUUUCUUUUGUCGACUCGCGCAGGAGGACUUGGAAUUAAUUUGACGUCUGCAAAUCAUAUAAUUUUACAUGACAUCGACUUUAAUCCUUAUAAUGACAAGCAGGCAGAAGAUCGAUGCCACCGUAUGGGUCAGAAGAAAGAGGUGUUUGUGACCAAACUUAUCAGUAAAGACACUGUGGAGGUUGAUAUUCACACUCUUGCGCGCAAAAAACUCCAGCUUGAAAAAGCUGUCACAGAUGGCAUUAAAGGCCAAAUUGAAGAGAUUGACGAGACAUCGCGUGCAUCGGGCUCUGUAGAGUCGAAAGAAGAGAAAAUUGACAACGAGACUUUGAAUCAGCUGCUCACAAGUGCUUUGAAGCGCAAGUCAACCGGCUAAGUUUUUUGACAUUGGUCAUGUUCAUUGAUCUGCCGGCAUCUGACCUCAUUAUCUUUGUUUUGAGAAAACUUGUACCUUGCUUUCCUGAUCUUCGUACGAGCCCUGUUGAAUGUGGAUCUCUAUCAAGCUUGUACAAUGACUUAUACUUUCUCGGUUGUUUUAUGUAGAUUUGAUGUGAUUCAUAAGCGCAAUUCUGCGUUGAAGUUCUUAUACACUAGGUUGUUCAAAUUAAUGAUGUUAUACGUGGGGAAGUGGGUACGUGGUUUGAACAGAAAAAUAGAUUUCCUAUUUGUAUCGAAUUUAUUUCCUUGUUGUUCGAUUACCUAACCUGUUCGUUUACCUUUGGUGGCAGUAUUGGAUUUCCUGUUGAUGAGUUUCUCAGAUGACGAGCUUAUGGUCCACAAGGUUCCGGUUCACUGUAAAGAAUGGUUUCAUGCUUCAUGUUCAUGAUUCGUGGAGUGUUUGUAUUGUCUGACCCAAUGGAAGCUGCGUUUUUGGCAGUUAGAAUAAGAUUGUUGAACAU